AAUACAUACAAAAUACAUAAUUGUUUUUUUAAGUCUCAGUCUACCGAUGGAGCGAGCGAGCCGAAAAGGAAUAGAAAAAAAAAAUAGCGAUCGUCUCAGUCCUCGUUGGUCUGGUCCCGGCGACCCGUUGUUUCCCCCUCGCCUCCUCGUCCCUCCCCACCCGUCCCCGCGCUCAGUCCUCUUCCCCUCCCUAUAAAUACAAGCUCCAUCCUCCUCCUCCCUCCUCCAUUGCUCCGUUUGCAAGCUGCACGAGCUUUCCAGCUAUCUGUACGCGCCGCAACCAAUCUAUCAUAUCCUAGAGCUAAUGAUAAGCUAACUUGGUCCGUGAUUCGAAUUCGAUUCAUAGUUUCACACCACUGCGCGCUGAAGCAGAGCAAUCGCCACUUCGCGUAUGGCAAUCCUCGAUCUCGACAUGGCCCGGAAUAGCAACAGCACCGCUCCUCCCUGUCAUGCUCACACGGCUCCAGCUUCCGAUCAGCAGCGCCGCCUCCGCCAAGCAGAGUGCAAUAAGGCCGGCGCCGACGCCGACGACCCCAACCACGGCCACCGGCCAGGCGCAGAGGAGGAGGAGGAGGAGGAGGAGGGGGAGGGGGAGGAGCUGCUCCUCAAGGGCGUGCGGCACCUGUGCGAGCGCCGCGGCAUUACGAGGCUGCCGGCCCGCUACGUCCUCCCGCCCUCCGACCGCCCGGCCGCGCCCGACCACCAGCGCAGUAGCUGCCCGACGAUCCCCGUCAUCGACCUCGCCCGCCUCCGCGCCCCCGCGGAGCGCGCUGCGGCGCUGGCCGAGCUGGACGCGGCCUGCCGGGACUACGGCUUCUUCCAGGUCGUCGGCCACGGCGUCGGCGGCCGCGGGAUGAUGAUGCUGGACGUGGCGCGCCGCUUCUUCGACCUGCCCUUCGGCGAGCGCGCGCGCUACAUGUCCCCGGACAUCCGCGCCGCCGUGCGGUACGGCACCAGCUUCAACCAGCUCAACGACGGCGUCCUCUGCUGGCGGGACUUCCUCAAGCUCGUGUGCGACGACCUCGACGGCGUCGUCCCGUCCUGGCCGGACGCGCCCGCAGACCUCAGGGAGGUGGUGUCGGCGUACGCGCGGUCGAGCCGGCGGCUGUUCAGGGAGCUCAUGGAGGCGGCGCUGGAGGCGCUCGGGAUCGGCGGCCCCGGCGCCGGCGAGGUUCUGGCGGACUGCGACGCCGGGUCGCAGAUGCUGAUGGUGAAUUGCUUCCCGGCGUGCCCGGAGCCGGACCUCACGCUGGGGAUGCCGCCGCACUCGGACUACGGCUUCCUCACCAUCCUCCUGCAGGACGAGGUGAAUGGCCUCGAGGUCCGGCACGCCGACCGGUGGGUCCUCGUCGACCCGCUCCCCGGCUCACUCGUCGUCAACGUCGGCGACCACUUUGAGAUGUACAGCAACGGGCGUUACAAGAGCGUGCUGCACCGGGUCCGGGUGAACUCGGCGCGGUCGCGCAUCUCGGUGGCGUCGCUUCACAGCUUGCCGCCGGCGAGGGUGAUCGGGCCAGCGCCGGAGCUGGUGGACGACGUGAAGAACCCCCGGAGGUACAUGGACACGGACUUCGCCACCUUCAUCGACUACCUCAGCUCGGCCGAGGGCAAGCACAAGUCCUUCCUCCAGACCAGGAGGCUCCUCACCAGCUGACACGACGACGGCAGGCCCUACCUACGGAGCUACCUGUUUGAACCAGCUACUACCAGCUGCAGCCAUCAUCCUAACCGUAAAGCAUGACACGUACUACUACGUGGAUCCCAUCCGUCCGUUCGUGUUGGUCGGGGGCAGGAGGAGAAAAGUCAAGAGGCACGGUGCCUGGACCUUGUUGACCGGUCAAACCCGUCGCCCGAUUGGUCCCUAUAAUCUGCUGUGGUGCUGUCUACCGGCCUACCCUACUAGCUAAGCCGACCGAUUUGAAGCUAGCUAAGCUACUUUAUUUUCAGCUGAAGGGGAAAAAAAAGAAUUACCAGGAUCGAGAAGCUUUAUUUGUCUAUGCUGUGUCAAAUCACGUAGAGUGUAUUCGUGCAUGGAGAUCGGUGCUCUAUAUGUAAUCAGCAUUGACCGAAAGCUUAGGAAGCUUCCAGCUUCGUCAGCUCAAAUGAACCCGAACUAAGCAUCAAGCAUUGAGAACA